AUGAAAGAGCAUCUUGAGGCCCUCGACUCCCAUAUAGGCCUCUCAGGGCUCCGGUUUGACCUCCUUAACCCUCCCUCUCCCCCCUUUCCCCCACGAGUCUAUUAUUCUAAUUUAGCUUUUGGCCCUUCCCAUAGUGAUACAUUCGAACGGUCUUGUGUCCGCGCGAAACCCGUCCCCGCGAGACGGCAAGAUGGCCGGCGGCUACCUCGCGCCCCGGCCUGGUGCUUCUGGGACGACGAGCUGGAGCCGUACGAGUUCGGCUUCAACCACCCGGGCCAGGAGGACUACAAUAUGGCCGAGGUGCCCGACGCGUUCGUGGAGCAGCUACGCUCCUUUUUGUCCGAGGCUAACCUGCUGGAUGUGCUCGGGAUCUGCGCCCUUGGGCACUCGGAGCUCACAGGCCGGCUCGGGAAGACACGUGGCCGCAUCAACUUCAUGUUGCCCUUUGUUAACCCGCCGAACUUUGAUGUUAACGCGAAUCCAAAUCAUGCUGCUGCUGUCUGGUCAUUUAGCUGCAGGGACGGGUUGAAGGAUGCCACGAUCUUCUGGCACAGUUAA